GAGUCGAUCCUGAACUAUCGAUUGCAGAAACAUAACCAAAGCAGUAACGUGUUUGUUUGUUUGGUUUUCUGCGGCUGUCACCGUAACUUUGUUCCAGGCGAAAACUGAAAAGGAUGGGCAAGGCUCCGAAAACACUGGGGGAUGGCAGUGCGGGUACAGUUCUCGGUUCUCAGUUCUACAGAAAUUGGGAAACUGUCGCCCGUGUUCAACGGAAAUCCUGGAACAAGGCCAUAGAUCUAAUUGAGGGACAUAAACUGGCCAAGAGACGAACGACAUGCCAAAAUCACGGACCAGAGUCACGAAUGUCUUUGAAACGGGUGGUGUCUGGUGUCUCGAUGAAAAUUCUAAUGCUUGAAAUAAGACAAGCUCUUCUACGACACGACUGGAAGAGUGUUCAUCAGCUUAACAUGUGCAUGCUGGAAGAAUUUAGCAAUAACACAAGAGUUCUCUGCAGCAAAGUUUUGCUUACAUCGUUGCUUAACAGUUCCCAGUCAGACUAUCGAAUUUAUGCAGAUUUUUGCAGAAUGGCUUCAGGAAUGGAUGACGAUGAAUUAAAAGUGUUCACUAAAACAAUCAAGCGAUUACCUGCAGAAAUACCUCGCGGUUUUAUCGUGUCGGCCAAAAAUAUGCUAUUAGUGAAGGCAUCACUUAAGGCUACCAGAGAUGACGCAACACCAGCUGAUUCAUAUAGUAGAGCCUCUCAGCCUGUGAGGGAAGAAGAUGAAGAAAGUCAACCAAACUGAUACAUGGACUGCUAGUUUCUAGGCUUGUACUUUUGAUUAAAUUAUGCACCGCUUCUCAUUGAAUAGAUCUCAA